ACGUAAGAGGCGUGUAGUAUAUGAAUGAGUCCAAUCACAGUUGAUGUGAGGAGCUGACAUCCACAGUGGAGCUACAGGAAAGAGAUUCACGACCCACUUUGUGCUAUUGUAGUGUUUUGGACCUUUUAACCUAAACAUGGAGAACGGCCAUGUGGAAAUCCACGAACCCUUCUCUGGGUGCAAUGGAUUCAGCAGCAACACGGACUGUGAUGCAAAACCUACUGACCUAUCUGACCCAGAGAGCACAGAGGACACGGUGGAGUUCAAGAUCCUUAUGGCCUACGCAAAGAGGAGAAGGCAGGGGGAGGAUACGGAGUUGACUACGAAGGGCAGUCCAGACACACUGAAUGGAAACCAAGACUCACAUGGAACACCCUCACCUCAGACACCAGACAAGACUGAAGAGGUGACAGAAAAGAAGAAAAAGAAGAAGAGGGGUCUCAAGCGUCUCUCCAAAAUAUGUACAUGUUUUAAACCUCAGAUAAAAGAGGAUGAACCGUACAGGAGAAGUGAUAACCGCCAUGAUGUUGAAGACCGAUGUCUAGGUGAGGAUAAAACAGAGCAGCAGUUGGAAGCAGUAGCGAAUAGACUCACAAAGAUCUCAGAUGGAAUCCCAUUUGUUCAUCCUGAAGUGGAGGCAGAUGCACCAAAUGAUGAUGUGGAGAAGGUGAUCGGUCUGCUGCUGAGGGAUGCUGGAGACAAACUGAACGAGAGGGAUCUGAAAGAUGCUGCACAACUUCUGGUAAACUACAGUUUUUUUGAGAAGGUUGUAAUGACCUUCCUUCAAACGUUGGGCCUCUGGACGUCAAACACUGAAGGUCUGGGACCAAAAACAUCUGCCAAGAGACAAUUUGCUGUGACCUGUGAGGUCACCCGUCGUCUGUCGGUGCUGCAGACGCUGCCAACCAACCGACUGCUGGGCCACGGUGCCCGAUACCUGCAGACUCACUACUCCUCCUGGGCUGAGCAGCAGGGUGGAUACGACACAGUCUUUGACAGUGAAGAUGAGGAUGACGUCCAAUGAACCUGUGGUUUCCAGCCCCACAGCGCCCCCUGCAGCUGCCUCUCUCUAACUUAAGGGGCUGUCGGCCUGAUGCUUUGUCAGGUCAGCCUGGACCCACACAGUGAACAUCUGUGUUAAUGUGGAUACUCUUAAAGACAGUGACGGAUGAGAGACACCAGACAGAGACGUCACAUUCUGCCAUGAACUCUGAAUGAAUAAGUUACACUGUAACUGUAACACAUAAAGUUAGAUUUAGAUUGCACUUCAGAUAUUUUUGUUCCAGGGUGCAUAUUUUUCUUACUACACCAAAGAAGAAACUGCUAAUGUGCCAUUAAUAACCUUUAUGUGUUUAAAGUAUAUUUCUCAGGGUUAUGUUGUUAAAAUCAGCAAUAUUUUUGAGUGUACAAAUUUUUCUGAUGAGUUAUUUUCAGCACUUUGCACUUUGUGACAGAAACAGGGAACUUUUUCUUUACAAUUCAUGUAUUUAUGAGAUGUUUAAAAGUCAUUGAGAACAAAUGUAAUUGUUGCUUACGUUAUUCAUUGAACUGUUUUAUUGCAAUUUUUGAUGGUAUGAUGAAAAUACAUAUUUUGGCAACAAACCUUUUUGUUUACAAUCUGAAUAUGUUAAUUUUGUGUUUACUAUCGGGCUUUAGAAAUAGUUAUUAGACGGCUGGUGAUUUUCUGUGUGGAAGCAGAACAGCCCAUCUUUUUGACAUUAUUAUUUUUAUUGUUAUUAAUAUUAUUUUAAUCUUCAUUGUCCAUUGUGUUAUGUGUUAUCUAUUAACAAAAAUACAACUUGAUUUGUAACGCAAAUAUGUCAUGUGUCCUUUACCAGAUUUUUGCAUCACAUUUGCACACAUUGAAAACUCUGAAUCUUUUUACACAACACAUUUAUGUUGAAUUUUCACUACAUUAUCACAAUGGUCCAAUAAUUAUUUCCAAAGCAGUAGAUACAUUUUUGUGUUUUUGAUCUCUGUAUGAGGUUCUUUUGUGUUGAGUUUCUGUUGGACUGUGGUUUAUAAUCCAUAAUAAUAGCUGACACUGGCCCUGUGUUCACUCAUACAUAUAAUAGUACAACCUCUAAUUUUAAAAUGUUGGGACUCUGUUAAAUCUAAUUAAAACAUGAUGCUAUAAUAUGCAAAUCUCAUAAACUCCUAAUUUAUUUACAAUAGAACAGAAAAUAUAGCAAAUGUUUACUGAGAAAAGGUACCAUUUCAUGAAAAAAAGGUAAUUUUGACUUUAAUGGUAGUAACAUAUCUAAAAAGUUGGGAUGGAGGCAAAAAUAAGGUUCUAAAUGUAAUGAACGGGAGGGACAUUGUGUAACUGAUUACAGGACAUGACGGGGUCUAAACACAGCAUCUUACAGAGGCAGAGGUUCACCAUAUGUCACAAUAAUGUUUCUCAAUGUAAAGUUGUGCAGACUUUGAAUAUCACACCACUUAAUAAACAAUAAAAAGAUCCAGAAUAUCUGAAAAAAUCUGUCAGCAAGAGACAAAGCCGAAAAUCAGUGCUGAAUGACUGUCAUCAUCAGGUUCUCAGGCAGCACUGCAUUAAAAACCAGGAGUGAUUCUGUUACGGAAAGCACUGCAUGGGCUCAAAACACCUCCAGAAAUCACAACAAAGUUCACUGUGCCAUCCACAAAUGCAGGUUAAAGCACAAUCAUACAAGCCCAAAACUGGACAAAACUGUAAAAUGAUGAGUAAAUGUUUGGAGAUGUGUUACCACCAAAUU